CAUUAAAUUUCAUGUCCGCUGUUUUCAGCAUUCCUUCAGCGUGCCGCAGCGGAAAAAUUAACACGAACAAAACAUUAACAAAUGGGCAGAUUUAGGAUAGAUUGGACGCUGGUUGAAAUAACAAAAGCCUGUAGCGUUGAGCUUUGAGAGGAUGCCUAGGAAAGUCACAGUGGAUAGCUCAAAGUCGGUCCGGGACUCCUCUUCUGAUAGUCGGAGACCCAGCGUCUUUGAACGACUCGGACCGGGUGGAUCCAGUUCUCAUGGCUCCAAACAGGACCAUUAUGGGAAGUGGGAGGGCGAGGGCAGCAGAUCUUAUCACGAUCACUACAGCCACGGAGAAGGAUCCGAUUCCUUGGAUUUGAGGCACCGAGUUGAGAGCAAGCGAGCUGAGAAGGAACGAGAUCGUGACGGAAGUCGGGAUCGGAGCCGUGGACAUCGGACCCCAUCUCCGUCUCCCAGCGGAAAGCGUGACCACUCCAAGCAUCGAGGGAGCCACAAAGACCACGAGGGCUCGGAACGAAAGAAGAAAGGUCGUGAACCCAGCUCACACGUGGUGAAGGGUGGAAGACGAUCACCUGAUAGUAAUCAUGGUGAUACGGAUGAAUGGAAGGGCUACGAUAACCCACCUACAGAUGAUGAGCCGCUGAGUGAUGAAUAUGGUCUUGAGGAACAACGCAGGGAGCUUCAAAGACAACUCGCACAGAUUGAUCAUGGACAGGGAGAUGACAGCAGUGCCGAAUUCUCCCGUCAGCUCUCCUCCCGGUCCCCGUCCCCGGUCCGCAAGAAGGGCCAGCACCUCGCCAAGAAGACCAAGAAGAGGGACAGGUCUAGCAGUAAGAUUCGCUCCAGGUCGCCCCCUCACAGGUCCAUGUCCCCCGCCCUGGAGAAGAAAGGCAAGAAAAAGAUAUCUCCUGGAAAAAGGGAUACUUAUCCGCCACAGAAGAAGAAGAAGAGGGUGAGUCUAUCACCGGCUAGGAGGGGUCCUCGUACGCCGAGCCCGUCACCUACUCCCAAGAAACUCAAAGGCAGCAUGAAGAAGAAGAAAGGUUCGGCGAUGCCCAAGAAAGGGGCACAGAAAAAGAGCAGAGUAUCUUCUAGCGAUAGUAGCAGCAGUAGCAGUGGGAGUGACAGUAGCAGUAGCGGUAGCAGCGGAAGCAGCAGUUCAAGUGAUUCUGAGGAGGAAUAUGUCAAGAAGAAGAAAUCCCAAGCCAACCCAGCCAAGAAGAAACUAGCCCCACCAAUCCAACACCACCACCAUCCACAGCCUGUCAAAGCGCCACGCACCCGUACCCCACCACCAAAGCCCAAACCAAAGCCCCCAUCUCCCAAAUCCAGGCGGUAUUCUCCAUCCACCCCGACCCGAUCAGACUCUUCUGAAUCGAUGUCCCCGGGACGCCCUCUGACGCCACGCUUGCGUCAGGCCCGGAAGGAAUCCGGACGUAGAAAGAGCCCGACGCCAGAGAAGCGUUCACAGUCUGCGAACAGCAAGCACAAGCAACCCUCCUCGCUCUACUCCCACAGCCCAUCCCCAGAACCCAGGAAGGACAAGCCCCCUCCCCCAAGGCGUGCCCCCACCCCGGAGAGAGACUCCUAUACCUCAUCCCGCCAGGGGCAUGGGGCACCGUCUAAAGACUUGCCAUACUAUUCCAAGAGAGGGCGCUCUCCGUCCAUGACGAGGUCCAAUAAGUCAUUCUCACCUGGUCGCGGACGUAAGAGGGAGUCCCCGUCUCCAAGGCGAGCCGAGCCUCCUCCAAUGAAGAACCUUCCUCCGCCACUAAGAUCGGCCAGUGGAGAUUACAGAGACAGAGAGAGGGAUAGUAGGGGAGAUAAAUAUGGAGGCAAACCAGCAGCACCACCUCCACCAAGCAGCCGCGACGGCCGGGACAGUUCCACAUCCCGCCAACAGGGGCGCCCUGGGCAGGGCAGCAGCUACGAAUACGACCGAUCCCACCCUCGUGAAUCGUCAUCAGGGAGAGGGGGCAAUGAUCGUCCAGGCUGGCAGCAACCAGGGAGGGAUGAUGACAGGGGAGGAAGGAGCGAAGGACGGGAUGCAGUGGGGCGGUCAAGCAGCAGUAGCCGACCAGGAGGAGGGAUGGAUAGAGGGAUGGACAGAGGAGGAGACAGAGGAGGAGACAGAGGAGGAGGGGUUGAUAGGGGAGGCGUUGAUAGUAGAGGAAGAGGGGGAAGUAGUGGGGCAAGCGGAGGAGGAAGAGGGGGAAGAGGAGAGAGCGGAAGCAGAGGAGGUGACUUCCAUGGAGAUCGUGACCCUCGUUUUGGUGGUGGAUACCCUCAGCAAGGAGGUCAACAAUGGGACCAGAAGGAUCCACGAGGGGCGAGAACCACUGGCCAGAGGGGUCCAGGUGGUCCAGAGAGGGGCGAACGGGAGUCUCGCCGAGAUGAGUGGGAUCGGCAACGGGGAGGUUCAAGCGCCGCUCCUCCACCUCCGAGGGGACGAUACGAUCAACCCCCACCGCCAUCCAGAGGCCCGGUGGAUAGAGGCAUGGAACCACCAUAUGUGAAACGACCUGACGAUGUGCGAUCCAGAUCACCAGGGAAACGUCACCCCCUGCCGCCCUACCCUCACGACCAGCCUGCCAAAGGUCCCUGGCAUGGUGCCCCUGGAGAUAGCAGACAUUACCAAGAUUUCCCACCUCCCCCAGGUCCUAGUCCUGGUGUCAGGGACCAACGAGAUGAACGCAGAGACUAUGGUGAUAGGGCCAAGUGGGGUGAUAGGGACAGGAGGGGGAUGAUCGAAGAGACGGUGACAGGCCUAAUUACCCUCAAGAUGAUCGUAGGGAUGGUGUUCGAGGGGAUGAUAGAAAGGACUAUCCAAGGGACGAUCACAGAGAUCCAAGGGAUUACCCGAGAAAUGACAGGCGUGAUAUCCCUGUGGGUGAUGUGAGGGACUAUCCAAAAGGCGGCGACCGGAGAGAUUAUCCAAGGGAUGAUAAGAGAGACUUCCCAAGAGAUGAUAGAAAAGACUAUCCAAGGGACGAUAGAAAAGACUAUCCAAGGGAUGACCAAAGG